UGGGGGACCCACUCGUAACCUUGUUGAAUUUUGUGUAAAUUGUGUGCGUGCUCAAUCAAACGACCCGGAUCUCAAAUGUAAUCGAAUAACCACGUUUAAUUAAAUCGUUUCGCAUCCGCCAGUACGUUCAUAUAAGUGUGUGUAUAUAUAUAUACAGACGCUGUAUAGUUUCCUUAUCUUUCCAUUUUUCCGCUACGCGAAGGGAAUCAAAAAGGCAUUUGUUUUCAAUUUGUUUGUUCUUCUUUCGCUUAGAUAUUUUUUUUCCUCUCUCUCUUGAACAUAUUGAACAAACUCACCGUCUCUCUCUCUCUCUCUUAAAAAAAUUAUACCCUUUGUUUCUAAUUGCAUCGAAAUCUGUGGAUUGAUUCUUUGAAGCAUUAAUCGUUCUGUAGGGUUUUUGGACGAAUUUUUUUGGAUCGAGUUUGGUUCUUCGUUAUUUUUCCGUCUAUAUUACGAACUUAGAUAAGUUACCGAUCCGAUAUUGAUAUGGCCGAUUCUAGGAAGCGAGACGCCGGAGAAAAUCACCACAGCCAGCCAAAUGACGGCGAUGAUGUGUCGGAUACGUCGACCAUCGAUUCUCGAUCUAACGCUUCCGCUGGAUCAGAACGCGAGGAUGAACCGACGAGGAUCGACAGUGGAGUUUCAGAUCCGUUGACUGACGAAGGCCGGCGAGACUUUUUGCCUGGGGAGGAUAGGGUUUUGCGGUGGCUGCAGGCUUUGGAUAUGCAAGUUCUCGGAGCUUGUCGAGGUGACGAGAGAUUGAAGCCGUUGUUGAAGCUCAACGUAUCAAACGGGAUGGCCGAAGAUCGAUUGCUCGCGCAUCUUAGUCAGCACUUCGAGCCUGCCGAAAUUGGGAUGCUGGCCAGAUGUUUUUGCAUACCUCUGGUUUCAGUACGCGCCGGGACGAUCAAGAAGGAAGGGACGCUAAUGCGGCCUACUGCCAUAAGGGGUAACUUGAGCCUGAUGGUCUUGCCAACAUCUGAUUUGCGACUCUCAUUUAUCGGAGAUAAUGGUCACUCUGAACAGCUCUUUACUUAUACCAGCAAAGCCCAGUGCUCCACGGUAUCAAUUGAGGAGAUAACUGCAGAUAGCUCUGGUAGAUCUUUUGUUAUAAGGAUCGCGGAUGGCAAUGCUUAUUACUAUUGGUGCUCAGAGAAGUCAAAACUUCUGGGGACUGAAUUACGUAGGAAGAUGAAAGACUUGAUCAAGAAGAAGCCAUCAAUCUCGGAACUAACUGGGAUUGAGGAAUCGCGUCUUGGAUCUGUUGCUUCUCAUAUCCGUUUGUAUCUCAUGGGUUCGGUGGUGCCUAACAUGAAAGGUUGUUCGGUCCCAACUCCUGAUUCAUCAUCGUCUUCUGCAUCUUCUGAAACAGCUGAUCCAUCCUCAUCUAGUACAUCAUCGAGAUCUCUUAGAGCACGCCACUACGGGACUCAACUGACAAAGGCCCAAGGAAGCCUCAGCCCUAGAUCCAGCUCUUUCAAAGAAAACACACCGAGGAACUCAUCUCUACGUAUCUCCUCUAGAGAUAAAUCAAAGCGACGCAGUGAAGUCCACUUCUCAAUCUUCGACAACUCACCCGUCACCUCCAUACCCACCAAUGUAGAUGGUUUUAUCCAGUCAGAAGGAGAAGGUGAAGAAUCCGCAGCGGAUAAUCACAGAAUCUGUCAAACCAUCGAAUCUGAAGAAGCAGCAGAGUUAGCACCAAGUACAGUAACCUUACCAUCACACUUUCCUUUGAAGAUGGGUCCACCAGUGUUUUCUCCUUAUUACUGCUGGUGCCCUCCAAGCACCUCAUCGCUUCACGCACCGUCUGCUUCUUAUCAGUUCCCUCCACUAUCCAUCGAGCUACCUUUACUUCCGCCUCUUUCCUCCUUGUUACCUGCAUCGGGGUCUGAUGGGUUCUUGAUCCCUUCGUCACCGCUGGAUCUCUCUGACAUCCCUCCGUUGCCUUUAGUCCACCACAUACCCAUUUCGGGAUCAUCAUCAUCAUCAUCAUCAUCCCAGCAGAUGAUGAUCCCUUUAAUGUGCGAUCCUAUCGUUCAUAUUCCGGUUAUGGAUAUAUGCUCGUCGGGUCAAGCCUAUCUGGUGAGCGCAGGAGCCACAGGGAUGAUACCAACGAGCAUCCCUCCGCUCCCUGUGGAGAAUGAUUCGCUGGUUGAGAAAGGCGCAAGAGAGACGCUGCGAUUGCUCAUAAGCGGAGCCAAUGCAACAACCUCUGCUCCUUUGAACCACCAUGGAAGCAGAGGUCUAUACAGUGGGACAAGGGACGUGAGUGGUGGUGUGAGCUUGUUUGCACCUAUUGGGCUGCAACAACCGAGUGCAGGAGACGGCGGAGAUGUUGGUGGUGACAGUGUGAGCUCAGGGGAAGCAGUGCCUUUGCCUCCCAGAGAGACUUCUGGUUAGUCUUUUUUUUGUUUGCAAGUGUGUUUCCGAAAUGGAAUUUUAAAAAAGUGUAUAGAAAGGAGGGGGCUUGUGAAAACUCAUCCUCUCUCUUAGCUCUUGUUUUUUUGUUCAGCCCAACUUCUUUGUUCCAGGUGUAAUUAGUCGGUUUUUUUUCUUGUAGUUUGCUUAUUAUCGUUGUUAUCUACGAGUUUCAAAGUAAAGCUAAGGGAUUCGAUAGUAAUAAAAUUUACUAUUUGGCAUAUUAACACUUGUUGAAACUUCCACAGAUUUGGGAUAAAGAGAUGGAUGGAGAGGUACAUGUAUGGAUGAGUAUAAUUUAUUAAGAAAUGGAGUAUUCGUUUAUGACAAGUAAUAACUCUAUUGCACAUGUGUACGUCUUCUAGUAUUAAGACAAAACAGUCGUAUACACAAUUCGAUAGUGCCAUUUCCAAAGUAUAAUUUAAAAAUGCUACUCGUACAAAGAAAAUUG